AUGGAACAAAUCACAGAAAUGUUUAAAGCUUUACAAACCAAGUUCGAUGAACAAGCAAGGGAGCUAAAAGAAAUGAAAGAGAGUAUUCCAAAUAGUAUAAAUAAAAAUAUAGAUGAAAAAUUUAUCAUACUUGAAACUAGACAACAGCAGUUAGAAAAAAUUACAGAAGAACAAGCGCAAAAAAUUCAGAAAUUUGAAAAAAUACUAAGAAAGAAAAAUCUGAUAUUUUUCGGAGUAGAAGAAACAGAAAAUAACUACUUUACCUUACAAAAUAAAAUUUUAGAUUUGAUAAAUAAUAAUAUGAAAGUAGAUUGCCAAAAGGGAGAUAUUGAGUAUGUUUCACGCAUGGGGAAAAAAUCAGAUAAGACAAGACCGAUAAUUGUUACUUUGACUACGAUGGGCAAAAAAAUAGAAUUACUCAAAAAUAAGAAAAUGCUGCAAAAUUCCGGUACCUAUUACAUUAAAGAAGACUUUCCCCCGGAAGUUCUUGAGGAGAGAAAGAAACUAAAUAUCCAGCUACAACGAGAAAGAGAACAAGGAAAAAAGGCAUAUAUAAAAUACAACAAACUAGUAAUUCUACCAGAAAAAGUAAACUCUCAACAAGAACGUCAAAAAAGAAUUUUAUCGCAGUCUCCGGAAACAGCGACCGUUAUUGAGAAAGAACACAAAAAUACUUCUAAAAAUCCAACCAAGAAAAAUAUAAUGGAUCUAUAUUUAGUUAAAAAUAAACCCGUAAAUACAGAAAUUAAGUCCCCAUCGCAUCAGCUAUUAACCAAGAAA